CGGCCGGCAUAAAUACUAUAAAUUACAUUCCGCACAGCUAAUUACUACGGCCAGCACCAAACAACAGCACGCAAAAAAACCCACGUUCGCCUAAACCCAAAAACACGCGCCUUCCCCCCAGGCCCAGCAGCCCCCAGCACCCUCCAUAGGCUUUGCACCCCUAAUCUCAUCUGGACAGGCAAGCACGGCCCUAUCCCAGGACACAGCCCGGCCCCGGCCAAUGUCGCGCGACAUCGCGACACGCGACCGCCCAGCGUUCCAGCAUCACCGGCCCCCAUAUCUCCUCCUUCUCACUGCACUUCUCUUCUUUCUCCACCCAAAAAAAAACACCCCCUGGACAUGGACCCCCCCACAGAGCACCCCUCGGAACAGGCGGCGGCGCCCUCGGAUGUCGUGCCGCUAGCCGCCGAGCUCGCCCAGCAGGCCGCGCAACAACACGCCCAGCAAGAGGCCGAGGAUGAACAGCUCCCGCCGACGAUUGGCGAGGCCAAUAUCGAGGACGAGGGCCCCGGGGAUAUCGCCCCGGAAAGCGCCGGGCCAGCGGAUGACGACGUGGUCCCGCAUCGGGCCGAAAGCGGCGAGCCCGCCGCGCACAUAACCGGCGACUACGACGAAACCAAUCUCUUCAGCAUGAAGCCACAAAAGGCCGCGGCGGCCGCGGCCGAGCAGACGCGCAAAAAGAACAUCCGGCGGCGCGGCGCGGACGAGCCCGCGGCCCGCACGGAGGCGCAGACGCCCAUGGACCUGGGCGCGGACGAGGACGGCGGCAUGGGCUUCUCCAACGAGGACCCCGCGGCGCGCAGGCGGCGGCUCUUGGAGGAGAAAAUGGACCUGGCCGUCAAGGCGCGCACGGCCAAGCGGCGGCGGGCGGACGAGGACGACUUGGAGCGGAUGCAGGACGACCGGAUCGACUACCUCAAGAACAAGAUGAUCGAGGCCGCCAACAUGGACGUGGACAAGAACCUGCAGGGCCAGAUCGCCACGGAGAAGCUCAAGUUGUUGCGCGAGGUCAUGGACACCUUGGCCAAGGCAGACCUCGCGAUUCUGAUCUUGGACAACAACCUCCUUGAGGCCGUGCGCUUGUGGCUCGAGCCGUUGCCGGACGCGUCCAUGCCCGCGUACCAGAUCCAGAAGGACUUGCUCCUGCUGCUUGCGAGCUUGCCCAUCAAGACGGACCACCUUGUGGCCAGCGGCAUCGGCAAGGUGCUCGUGUUCUACCAGCGGAGCAGCCGCACGGAGCCCAACUUGAAGAAGAUCGUGGACCGCUUGAUCGGCGAGUGGACGAGGCCCAUCUUGAACAAGCUGGACUCGUACAAGGACCGCACCAUCCGCUUCAACGACUACAACAAGGCGCGCUUCUCCAACAAGUUGGCGCUGCAGCGGGCCAAGCCGGCCGAGCCCAAGUCGCUCUACGAGCAGCAGGCCGAGCGCCGCAACCGCGCGGCCAUUCCGAGCGCGCGGACCACGGCGUACAAGAUUGCGCCCAGGGUGGACCCCAGCUUGUUGAUGCGCCUGCAGCGCGGCUCGGGCGAGAUGUUCACGCGGAUCAACCGCAAGAUGACCAACUCCAAGAAGAAGGUGGUGAAGAAGUCGGGGCCUUCCAUCGAGGGCAAGAACCUUUCCAUGUGAUUGCUCCGGGCGCGGCGCUGGUGCUUGGAGAGAGUGGUGUGGAGCCAGCGAAGUGGAGCAAAGAGGAUGGAGAGGUUGUUUUGCAGCUGGAGAAGUGAAGCAAAGAGGCUGGACAGACUGUUGUGCAGCUGG